AUGUUCAACGGGAGUGCUGCUCAUGCUUUUGAGGUCCGACACUCUGGGGAUUCAGAGACAGAUCAGAGUGGUUCGACUGAUGGAUUGCCCACCCAUAUUCAAAAUUUCACUCCACCACUUUUGGCAACUACUAUGUAG